AGUUUGAAGCAGCACACCAGCAGAGGAGGAGAGCCGCUCAUCAGCGUCACAACAAAACCCACCGUUUAACCGAAGAUGACAACAUCAACACUUCGUUUUAAACACGCCCCCGUUCUGUUAAUGCUAGGAUAAACGUCAGUUAGGGAAAAAGGGUUUAAUUUGGGCUAGGAAGAGUGAUAGUUUCCGUGUAAAGUCACCUGUUGAGUGGGUUCGCGGGCUGAAAACCAUCUUGGACACAAAAAUACUUUUACAGCAGUCGUUAUGAUUCCUGAAUGUCCACGAACGACCGACUCCAGAAGCCGAAUUCGGUGUGAAUCCGGUCACAACCGCUCCGGUUUGCUUCGCGAGAUCCGAACCGCCAUCCGGAGCGAGCCGUUCACCGAGCGCUAUGACGUCAUCCCCGGUAAAGAGCUGGGCAGAGGCAAGUUCGCAGUGGUGAGGAAGUGUGUGGAGAAGAGCUCAGGGAAGGAGUUUGCAGCCAAGUACAUGAGGAAGAGGAGGAAGGGUCAGGACUGCCGGACCGAGAUCAUCCAUGAGAUCGCAGUGCUGGAACUCGCAGCCGCGUGUCCACGAGUGGUGAAUCUACACGAGGUCUACGAGAUGCCCAGCGAGAUGGUGCUCGUCCUGGAGUACGCUGCAGGAGGAGAGAUCUUCAACCAGUGUGUUGCUGACCGAGACGAGGCCUUCACAGAGCAGGAGGUGAAGCGGCUGAUGAAGCAGAUUCUGGAGGGCGUCUCAUUUCUGCACAAUAACAACGUCGUCCACCUCGACCUCAAACCUCAGAAUAUCCUCCUGACCAGCGAGUCUCCUCUCGGGGAUAUUAAGAUUGUGGAUUUCGGGCUGUCCCGGCUGCUGAGCAACAGUCAUGAGGUGCGAGAGAUCAUGGGGACGCCGGAGUAUGUGGCACCAGAAGUCCUGAAUUAUGAGCCGAUCAGCACAGCGACUGACAUGUGGAGCAUCGGCGUGCUGGUGUACGUGAUGCUGACGGGCAUCUCUCCGUUUCUGGGGGACGAUAAACAGGAGACGUUCCUGAACAUUUCUCAAAUCAACAUCAGCUACAGCGAGGAGGAGCUGGAGCAGCUGGACGGAUCCGCCAUUCGCUUCAUUAAAUCACUGCUAAUCAAAGAGCCUGAGAAUCGUGCGACCGCUGAGGACUGCCUGAAACACCAGUGGCUACAAACUGAAGAACAGGACCUGAUUGAGAGCAGCGUGAGUCCCGGGACGUCCAGCCCUGAUGAAGAGGAGGAGGAGGAGCUCAUCGUGAUGGCGGCGUAUACUCUGGGCCAGUGCCGGCAGACCCCGGAGCAGAAGGACGUCUCCAAACGCUUCAAGUUUGAGGAGCUUUCCGGAGACUUCAUCUACUGAUCUGCUCGUUCUGCUGCACCGUAUGCUCUUCUGACUUCGAGAUUUGUACACGUUUCUAAUCCACAUAUCCUAAAACACUUAAAUCAAGAUGCAUUUUCUGGACAAGUAUAAAAUAUUGUCUUGUUUUCAGGAAUAAUGAGACUAAAUGAAGUGAGUUUUUCAUUUAAACAUGCAAUAUAAUCUGCCAACAGCGUACUGUAAAGGAAAUAAUGUCAUUUCAAAAGUGAAAACUAGAUUAUUUUGCUUGUUUUAAGGAAAAACUCGCUUAUUUUUAGUGCAUUAUUUCUGAAAACAACACAAUUUUUGUUCUUGUCUAAUAAAAUGCUGCUUGAUUUAAGAUUUUUUUUUAUAUUUGGACUAGAAAUGUAAGAUAAUAGUACAUUUUUUAGUCUUGUUUCUAGUCCAAAUGUCUAAAAACUCUUAAAUCAAGAAGCAUUUUCUCAAUGAGCAAAGAAUUUCCUCAUGUUUUCAGAAAUAAUGAGUCAAAAUGAAGUGAGUUUUCAUUAAAACAAGCAGUAUGAUCUGCCAACUGGGUAUUAUACAUGAAAUAAUGUCAUUUCAAAGGUGAAAACUAGAUUAUUUUGCUUGUUUUAAGAAAUAACUCACUUAAUUUUGACUCAUUAUUCCUGAAAACAACACAAUAGUUUAUGCUUGGUCAGAAAAUGCUUCUUAAUUUAAGAAUUUUUAGAUAUUUGGACUAGAAAUGUAAGAUAAUAGUACAAUUUUUGUCUUGUUUCUAGUCCAAAUAUCCAAAAACUCUUAAAUUAAGAAGCAUUUUCUGGACAAGCAUUAAAUUUUCUCAUCUUCUCACGAAUAAUAAGACUAAAUGAAGUGAGUUUUUCAUGUAAACAUGCAAUAUAAUAUUCCAAUGGGGUAUUAUAAAGGAAAUCAUGUUAUUUCAGAGGAGAAAAGUAAAUCAUUUUGCUUGUCUUAAGGAAAAUCUCACUUCAUUUUAAUGCAUUACUCCUGAAAAUAACACAAUAUUUUAUGCUUGGUCAAAAAAUGCUUCUUAAUUUAAGACUUUUUAGAUAUUUGGACUAGAAAUGUAAGAUAAUAGUACAUUUUUUGUCUUGUUUCUAGUCCACUUACACAAAAACUCUUAAAUUAAGAAGCAUUUUCUGGACGAGCAUUAAAUUUUCUCAUCUUCUCACGAAUAAUAAGACUAAAUGAAGUGAGUUUUUCAUGUAAACAUGCAAUAUAAUAUUCCAAUGGGGAACUGUACAUGAAAUAAUGUCUUUUCAAAGGUGAAAGGUAAAUUAUUUUGCUCGUUUUAAGGAAAAUCUCACUUCAUUUUCAGUUUCACAGGUGAAUUUCACUUUGUUUGAAUGCAUUUUUGCUGAAAACAUGACAAUAUGUGUUGCUUGUCUAAAAGAUGCUUCUUGAUUCAGGAGUAUUUGGACUAGAAAUGUUAGAAAAGCAUUUUAUUUUGCCGUGUAUACGCCAAACCAUGCAUUAUGUGCAUUUCUCUGUGUUCUGUUCUGUUUGUGCUGCUUCAUUUGGUCACUGUAAGCCUUGCUGUGCUUCUCUCGCUCUCACCGCUCUGGGGUUUCUUUUGGUGCCAUGCUAAAAUAUUUGAUGAUAAGGGUCAUACGCUUGUUUUGUUUUUUUCUUCUGAUAUUGUUUCCGUUUGGUUGUAUUUGCUAUGUUUGUACAAAAUUAAUGUUGUUUGUUUGUUUGUUUCUGCAAUAUUGAUGCAGGCAGAAUUAAAGGGAUAGUUCACCCAAACAUUGAUGCAUUUCUUUUUUCCAUCGCACUGCACAACAAAAUGCAUUUGUAUUCGGAGGUUUCGUCUUGUUGCUUUCUAGUAAAAAUAUCUAAACUUUUUUACAUUAGGAAGCACUUUCUUGACACGUCUUAUUUUCAGAAUCCUAAAUUAACCGAAAAGCUAAAUCAUCUGUCUGUGGAGUAAGUAAAAUAUAUUUAUUUUUUUCAAACUAAAUGCAAGAGUAUGUUGCUUAUCCCACUGGCAGAUUAUGUUGCUCGUUGUAGGUCAAAACUCAAGUAAUUUUGACUUAUUUCUUCUGCUUUUUAAUUUAGCAACGUUUCGAUAUUUUAACUUAAACUCAAAACAAGAUAUCCUAAGGAAUGAUGGGAAAAAGCAGCCAUUGACAUCCAUAGUAGAAAUUAAAAAUACUAUAGAGGCCAAUGGCUGUUUAUAAUCCAGCAUUCUUCAGGAUGUCUUCAUUGGUGUUCAACAGAAGACAGAAACUCAUACAGAUUUACAAUGAUGUGCAGUUUAAGGUGAACUGUCCCUUUAAAUGUAAAUAAGUCUAACUUUAUUUUAUGAGUGUCACGUUUAAAAAGCCAUUCUGUUUGUUCCUGAUUGGUCAGUCCUGGGUAAAGACUUCUACAGCAAUAACACAAACACCCAAACACACACACACACUUAUAUGAAGAAAACGUGACUUUCCCUGUUUAUUUGAGCUCAUGUUGGUGUAAUAACUGCAUUAAUUCGUCACUAUAAAGAAUAUUUUUAAUGGUGACCGAUUUCCCAGUGGCUGUCUUGAUGCUGUAAAUAAAUGUUUGUCUCGA